GGAAGUUUUCUAUCCCCUGUUAUUGCUCUGAUGGAGGCCAUGGCAGGAGCCACUGGCACUGCCCAAUGUGCGCAAAAAUAUUGCAAAGAACAAAGGAUUUCAAAAUCCAUAUUACCAACCACGGUGUUGAGAUGACAGACAAAUCCACAGGUGAGCAGCGGCAUUUAAUCAUUUUCAGUAGCGCUCAUCCACUGAUCAAAUGAACACCACAGCAGCUGCCCAGUCAGUCAGUGACAGUUUUGUAUGACGGCGCCUCCUAAAGGUGUGGACACAUACCAUUGUUCUGUGAAUUUUCACAGAUGCUGUUCAGUAGAAUACACACAGUCUGAUUUUCACGAGGGUAAACUAUUUCUCCACGCAGUUUCUGCAGCGCACAUGGCUGUUUAUGUAUUUAUUUUCUAGUGAUUCUGAAGGCCAUGAUCAGCUGGUUCAAGUGUGUUUGAUUGAUUGUUGUAGCUCACCUCUGCAAGACAACGGGUCUCCAGGAGCAAGGUUAAAGACCUCGGACAGGGGUGUCCAAUCCUGCUCUUGGAUCUUGCAGACUUUAGCUCCAUCCGUCUCCAGCACACUUGAAUGGAAGUUUCUAGCACAUUCUGAAGACCUGGGCUGUGUUGCCCCCAUCCCCUUAUUUAGGGCACUAUUUGAGAGAACAGCCAUUUGAAGUGUUGUCCGAAAAUACUCAUUCAAUACCAUAAUGCACCUCGGUAAUGAGUCUACAACCGAUGAACUCUCAGCGGCUAGAGAAUACCCAUAAUGCACUGUAAGGGUCAUGCUGAAUGAACUCCCAUGUCUCGUCAGAAGAUGGCGCCUGCAGUUGAAUCAUCAGUCCAUUCUUUUUCCAAACCGCUGGUCCAAUGUGGUUACAGAGUACUAUCAUACAGUUGAGCUACAACCUACAAUGGUCCUGUCGGAGAACCAACAAACAGACAACGAAGACAAGACACCGGGCAACAAGUCAGCGUGCCAGAAGUGUGGCAUCUUCUUUACCACCACAUCAAAUUUGAGACGGCAUGAGAGACUACAGCACGGCCAAGACCAGCAGCCCAUGUUAUGCGUAGAUGCCAAAAAUGCAAUCUAUGUUACACCCAAGGAUCUGCACGGACCUAGAGUGCCCAUUCAUAUCCGUAAAUCCUUCACCUUGCAGAUUCUGCUGUGUGAACUGGAGGAAUGCUGGGAUUUCAUGAAAGCGCUGGCCCAGAGCGGGAAUCCUGGGAAGGAAUGCCGUCACCUCGUGAGAACGAAUCACGCGCAGCACUACGUCCCUCCUCCACCGCUGAGCAUCAGCUCUCUGGAGGAGAUGAGCCACAAACACCUCCUGUCCGCAUCUGAGAAACACGCGUGCCAGGAGAUGAACUCCAGGGCAUGUUUAGAGGGAGUCGAUUGUGUCUACCCUAUUUUUUGGGGGAAGCAUGACCUUUCAGAGAGAUGUGUCUACUUUUCUGUGUACACUGACCUCAAGGACAAAUGGUGUCAGUUUGGGAGGACACGCGUCUCGUUUGACACCAAGUCUGGCAGCUGGAAGUGUCUGUGUGAACACAAAAGAAUCCCUUGCAUCCACAAGCGUUUAUCUAUGUGGUGGUUGUUUCAGGAGCAUCCCAAAUUGUUGCAGAACCCCCUGGAUGUCCACGCUGAAAGAGUCGACGUGCUUGAGGAAGUGGUCAUGGAUAAAAUGUCUCCUGAUGGUGAUGACCUCUGCUAGCCUCAACAUCCCUCUCAUGUUCUGUCUUCACCCAAUAAAAACACUUGCCAUACACUU